AUGAUCCUAAGAGUUCUAAAAAAGGUAAUAGUAGUAGGCGCGAUCACUCUGGGCUAUUUACACAAAGCUAGCUGUAAGUCAUUGGCAAAAGAAGCACGAUACAUGCACUGGUAUUGGAAUGAAGAAGUAGCUUGUUUGAAAACAGAGGUUAAAAUACGUAGUGAUUUUCUUAAGAAGAUAGAAGCCUUUAGAUGUGAAGAGAUACCAUCUGAUAUUCUUAAUAAGGAUAUAAGACAAGGGAAAAUAAAUCUAUCUAACAUAGAAAUAAGAUUAGAACUUCUUACUGUAAGAGCUGAAAAACUGCGAACAGAAAUAAGAAAUCUUACUGAUAUAAGCGAUAAAAAAGAUUCUCUAAUGUAUCGUGAUAAACCAGAUGCAUUUCAGCACGAAAUAAACGAGUUAUAUACCAGUAUAGCAAAAUUGCUUCCACCAGCUUUUGUUAAGAUUGAUUUGGUAAGCAAAGCAAUAAGAAAUUUUGAUUCUCAUAUGCUAAAAGUAGUAAGGAAGUAUAGCAAAAUGAAAAAUAAAAACAGUAGAAUACACGAGUUGGUACUUUUUAAGCUAGCAGAGAAGAAUAAGCCACUUGCUGUUCGUAGUAUAUACUCAUUUUUUAGAGUAGACCCAUACAGAACAUAUGAUGAUAUAGAAGCUGCAAUAAACGACUUGUUUGGCAACGGAGAUGGAUGUAUGCAUACCAUUGUUGGCAGUUUCAUACGUUAUGUAAAACCUAUUCUAAAAAUUGAAGUAGAAAAGGCUGAGGUGUGUCUGUUGGAGUCAGUUGACAAGCACAUUCAAUUGAUAAUCAACAAUACCUUAUUGAUUUCUCCAGGUAAAGACAUAGGUAUAAUAGAUAUGUAUCUUAAACUGAUAAACAAAGAUGUUUUAGAAAAAGAAAUAAGCCAAUGCAUGGAUAUAACCCCUAGACAGCUCAUAGAAAUUUUAAUAGUGGAAUGUGCAAUUAACAUGACUAAAUGCCAUUUUAACUACAGAAAGAACAUUUUACUCGCAAAUCUCGGAAAAGUAAUAAUGAGCAUAGGAAACCCAGCUAGAUAUAGCACAGAUAUUCGGAAAGGCUUAAAAAUAGCAAGAAGUAGACA